AUGGCUGCAGAACAGUUCAGAUUCACGCACAUAUUUGUAAAUCAAGUGAUCCUGGUGCCGCACGCGCGCGCGGCGCUGCCCUGGGCCCCGCCCCCCGCGCCCCCCGCCCCGGCCUCCGCGCCCGCCGCGCACCGCCUGCUCACGGACGUGGUCCGGAAGCUCUACUUGUACAGCAACCUCACCUUCACGUGGCACGAGGUGGCCUCGCUCAGCGACUGGUGGCGCUCCACCACGCAGAGGAACAGAUCUGCGUUUCGUCGCUUGUUGAAGAGCGGGCGGCUGGAGGUGAGCUCGGGCGGCUGGGUGGAGGUGGACGAGGCCACCACGAGCCUCUACGGACUGCUGCAUCAGCUGGUCGAAGGUCACCAGUGGCUGAAGCAGAACCUGAACUACUCGGCGCGCGUGGCGUGGCUGUCGGCGGGCUCGCACGGGCCGGGGCUCGCCUACCUGCUGGCCGGCGCGGGGGUGUCCCACGCCGUGCUGGCGCGCACGCACUUCGCGGUGGACCAGCACCUGGCGCAGCGGCAGCUCAGUGACUUCCUGUGGGUGCCGGCGUGGCGCCGCGCGGGGGCCGGGGGCGGGGGCGCGGGCGGGGGCGGCGGCGGGCUUCUCGCGCACGUGCUGCAGUUCGGCGAGGACGGCGUGGAGGCGUGCGGGCCGGACCGCGCGCUCUGCGCCGCCGAGUUCGACUUCGCGCGCGCCGACAGCCCCGCGGCCGCGAGCGCCUACACCGUGCGGCAGCGCGCCGAGCUGCUGCUCACCCAGUACUCCAAGGCGGGCUCGCUGUCGCCGCACAACGUGCUGCUGGCGCCGCUGGCGCGCGCCGCCGGGCUGGAGCUGCAGCACCACGGCUACCGGCAGCUGGCGGACUACAUCAACGCGCGGCGCCACGUGUACCGCGCCAGCGUCUCGUUCGGCACCGCUCGCGACUACUUCGCUGCCGUGGCGGAGCGCACCCCCGCGCCCCCGCCCCCCGCGCGUGGCGCGCUGCUGGACCACGCCGAGCCGGGCGCGCGCCCCGCCUACCUCGCCGGCCGCUACUCCGCGCGCCCGCGGCUCAAGGGCGUGCUGCGGCAGCUGGAGGCGGCGCUGCGGUCCGCCGAGCUGCUGCACGUGAUGGCGACGGGGGGCGGGGUCGCGGGGGCGCGGCUGCUGGCGGCGCGCGCGGAGGCGGCGCGGCUGGCGGCGCGGCCAGUGUCCGGGGGCACGCUGCCCGGCGCGGCGCUGGCGCACGUGUUCGCGCGCGCGCUGGCGGCGGCGGCGGCGUGCUGGCGCGAGCAGGAGGCGGCGGCGGCGGCGCUGGCGGGCGGCGCGCUGCACAAGUACCUGUACCGCGACGGGGACGUGCUGUCGCAGGUGCGCAGCGUGGCGGCGGGCGACGUGCUGCUGCUGUUCAACUCGGCGGCGGUGGCGCGCGCGGAGCCGCUGGAGCUGCUGGCGCGCGACCCCGCGCUGCAGCUGCUGGGGCCAGCCGGCGCGCUGCCGCUGCAGGUCAGCCCCGUAUGGAAGGUCACUUCCAACCAAAUUAAAAUAUCAGAUCGAUUUUACAAAAUCUUGGUGAUGGUGUCGGUGCCGGGGCUGAGCCUGCAGUCGCUGCGCGUGGCGGCGGGGCGCGUGGACACGGCGCGGCUGCGGCUGCUGUUCGACGAGCGGCUGGGCUUCCUGCGCGCCGUGGAGCAGCGGGCGACGGGCGCGCGCCGCACGGCCGCCGUGGACUACGCCGCCUUCCGCAGCGGCGCCGGCGCGGGGCCGGCCGUGUUCGCGCCCAACGCCUCCGCGCCCCUGCAGGACGUGCUGGCGCCGUACCGCGCGGGCGAGCGGCCGCGGCUGCUGCUCAUUGUGUCGGGCGCCGUGGCCACCGACGUCACGCUGGUGUUCGGCCGCCUGCUGCAGCACAGCACGCGCGUGCUGCACGCGGGGGCGGCGGGGGGUGCGGGGGACGCGGUGCUGCUGGAGGCGCGCGUGGACUACGAGGCGGCGCCGCACAUGCGCGACUUGGAGCUGUUCCUGUCCGUGCAGACGGACGUGGCGAGCGACGAGCUGCACACGGACGUCAACGGCUUCCAGUACACGCGGCGGGCGGCGCGGCGGGCGCGGGGGGCGCGCGGGCUGGACGGCGCGCUGCGGCCGGCCACGGCGCUGGCGUGGCUGCAGGACGCGCGGCGCCGCGCCUCGCUGGCGACGGAGCAGGCGCGCGGCGUGGCGGCGCUGCGGCCCGGCCAGCUGGCGGCGCUGCUGGGGCGCGGCGCGGCGGGCGCCGGCGCCUCGUGCCACCGCCUCUACCUGCUGCUGGAGGACCUGGCGCCGCCCGCCCCCGCCCCCGCCGCCGCGCUGCCGCUGCCGAGCGGCCACGCGCUGCAGCUGGCCGACUCCUUCACGCAGCCGCUGGAGGUGUUCGUGGCGGGCGGCAACGCGAGCCUGCCGCGGCAGCAGGUGCGGCUGCUGCGCGCGCCGCUGCCGGCCGACGUGGCGCUGGUGAUGCUGCGCGCGCUGCCGGCGCGGCGCGGGGCGGCGGGGGCGGCGCUGCUCGUGCUGCAGCGGCAGGCCGCGUCGUGCCGCGCGCCGGCCCCGCGCUGCGCCGCGCCGCCGCUGCCGCUGCUCCACACGCUGCGCGGCGCCAAGGCCUUCUACCGCACCUCGCUGACCGGCACCACCGUGGGCGAGCGUGUCACCACACUCGACUACAAUAAUUUCGGACCGAUGGAACUUAUUUCAUUCAUAGUAGUAUUCUAG